AUGCACCAGAUGGAAGUUACGAUGCAGGAUGGUGGGAAGAAUGUCGAGGAACGUGCGGACGCUACCGGCGUUCGUAAGCGACAUUUCUACAAGUUCGGCGAACACGUUCGGAUGGAGGAACAUCAACGUAUUGAAUUCAAGGCACACGAGGACAUCUCCAUCGAAGAGCUGUCGGCGGCUUGCAAGGACCAGCACUCUCGCCAGACCAUCUCAAGAACUAUCUGCGCCUUCUUGAACACUGGGAGAGGUGGGACUAUUUUUCUGGGAAUCCUUGACAAUGGUGAAGUCAACGGUCUCCAUCUCACAGAAUACCAAAAAAACCACUUGGCUUUGAGUCUUGAAAACUUGAUGCUGCGGCACAAGCCAGCUGUCCCAAAACACAUGUACGAGCUGCGGUUCGUUCCAGUCAUCUCUGAGGGUGUGCCAUUGCCAACAAACGAAAGACGUGAGAUGAACAGCAAGGAGAGGUUCAGGCCACACAAAUUGCAGUGUUCGACGCCAUGCUGGUGUGACGAUGAAGCUACUGCUCAGCUGAGUGUUGGUGGAUCGGUGAUGCGGUAUGUUGUGGAGAUUAAGCUAUCUGCAUGGGACAGUUCUGACCCGAGAAACAGUGGGUUCAAUAAAAGCAAGAUGGGCAUCCACCUGUUUGACAUUGAAGAGGAUAUCUGCUUUUUGCGCCGUCAGGGCAGCAACAAUCGGUGCACUUUGCAAGAUGUCAUCGACAAGACCCUUCAAGAAGUUAAAAAUGCGGACGACGUCGCGCUCUUCGCGAGUGGACCUACAUCCCAUGGUCGUGAAGUGCGUGAGAGCUUCCAGACUGCCAUAAAUGAAAUGGAUAGCCUUAUACGUGGCGUGGGCCUUCCAUUCUUCGCCACUAAAACCGAGGCCCUCCUCGCCCACCUGAGCGAAACGGGCCGCUACAACGUCUUGAAGCUGCACCUUCGUGGACACCAACUGCCAUGGCUAAAAGACAACAAUUGUACAGAAGGUGUAUUUGGAAGUUCGCUUGCUACUCCUGCAGAGUGGGACAGGUUAGGCUCAGACAAGGGAGAGUUCUGGCCAGACGCCCGCUUCUCCGUGUCAAGGGCCUCGCCUGGCGAGGCCGUGAACCAAAAGGAUGCUGCAGUGAAGACCUGCUGA